GAGGGAGGGAGGGAGGGAGGAGGGCUCAGGCGCUGCCCUCGGCCCGUCCCCUGCCGUCCCCAUCCCGCCCGGGAGAGAGACUUCGCUGACCGUCAAGCCAGAGAUCAUUUAUUCAGAGCAAGAUGAAUUGGUACAAUAUUUUGACUGGAUUUCUACAAUUGAAUUUCUUUCAAAUGGCUAUUUCCCACUGCAUGGUGUAUCAGAUUCCCCCACAGAGCUUUCAAUUACCUUGCGUGCAGCCACAGAAGAUUUCUAACUUUUCUUUGUCCCCUGAGAUUGUGGAGAAUAGUCCUAGUUCAAACAAAGAGCAUGGUACAAGUAAAAUCAAUGCAACAGCUCUGGCAGCUGAAGAUAAAUUUCUUUGUUGCCACUGGAGUGAAAUAUAUAUUAAUUGUUUUAUAUAUACGGCAGAAAUGGAAGCCAGAACACUUACUUAUUCAGAACCUGGUGCUUUAUCAUCUCAUCAAAUAGACUCAUUGUGGAAUCUACAGUUUUGGACUCAAGAAAGCACACAGGAAUUACUGUGUAUUGUGGAAUUGUCUGCCAAGUCACCGUACUGGAAUGAAGACCUUACAGUUAAUCUGCAUUAUGCAUUAACAGAUGUAUCAUUGGAAGCGACUUCUACACAUUCACUAAAGGACAAUUUUACAGUUACUCACUGCAAUUCUAUAAGAGACCAAAAAUAUGCAUGCCAGAUAUCUUCAGUAAAACUCAACCAUACUUACAUUAUGUGGCUCAAGAUCACAAAUGGAAUAGCAUUGCUACAGUCGCCAUUAAUGUCCGUCAAGCCUAUAGAUAUUGUAAAACCUGAGCCUCCAUUACAUCUAAAAAUGGAAAUGACAGACAAAGGACAGUUAAAGAUCUCUUGGUCUAGCCCAGCAUCAAAAUCAUAUCCACUUCAGUAUGAAAUAAAAUGCUUUGCCAAUUCAACUAAAAAUGUCUGGCAGGUGGUUCAGAUUACCUUGGAAACUUCAUUGAUCAUUAACAAUGCUCUAUUUGAUUCUUCGUACAACAUUCAAGUACGGUGCAAAAGACAUUAUGGAUCAGGCCUUUGGAGUGAUUGGAGCAUACCUUAUAGCAUGAAUCUGCAAGAUGUAAUGUAUUUUCCUCAAAAGAUCCUAGCAAGUGUUGGAACAAAUGUUUCAUUUUACUGUAUCUCUAAAACCAAAGACAGAAUAAUUUCAUCUCGGAAGAUAAUCUGGUGGUUGAAUUUAGCAAAAGAGAUCCCUAGAAGUCAGUAUACAAUUGUGAAUGACUACAUUAGCAAAGUUACACUUGUCAACCUGAGUGCAAUGAACCCUGGAGGGAAAUUUCUCUUCAAUGCCUUAUACUGUUGUAAUGAGAACAAGGAAUGCAAUCACCAUUAUGCUGAACUGUAUAUCAUAGAUGUUAAUAUCAGCAUAACAUGUGAAACAGAUGGUAAUUUACAAAAAAUGACUUGUAGAUGGUUCACCAAUGGAGACCCACUGCUUUCAGAGUGCACCUUGUUGUUGAGAUAUUACAGGAGUGAUGUCUAUUGUUCAGAGUCUCCGACCAUUUCUUCUUAUUCAAAGAUAAAAGAAUGCCAGCCCCAAAGGAACAAUUCUUAUGAGUGCAUCUUUCAACCUUUUUACCUUCUUUCUGGAUACACAAUGUGGAUAGAGAUUAAGCAUUCAUUAGGGACAGUUACAUCUCAACCAGUGUGUAUCCUUCCUAAAGAAGUAGUGAAGCCAUUUUCUCCCUCCAAUGUCAAAGCCGAAAUAACAGAGGAAGUGGGGCUGCUCCUUGUGAGAUGGAAUAACCCAGAGUUUCCAAAGUAUGAUCUUCAGUUUCAGAUUCGGUAUGCUGCCAAUGGAACCAAAAUUAAUUGGGAGAUGCAGGAAAUUUCUACUCCAUCUGUUAGCUCUGCCAUUGUAAUUGUGCCAGAUCCCUGCACAGUUUAUAUUGUUCAGGUGCGUUGCAGUUUGACUGAUGGAGUUGGUUAUUGGAGUGACUGGAGUAGACCUGCAUAUACAGUUAUCAAGGAUAUCAAAGCCCCAUUGAGAGGACCUGAAUUCUGGAGAAUUGUUGAUGAAGAUCCAGUGACGAAUCAGAACAAUGUAACACUAUUUUGGAAGCCACUGAUGAAGAAUCUUUCCUUAUGCAGCGUGCUAGGAUAUAUGGUAGAGCAUACAACUUCAGAUAAUGUUACUUGGUCAGACUACGUUGAAAAUGACACAACAUACACAUUUUCAUGGGCUGAAGAUGUACAUACCAUUAAGGUUAUAGCCAUCAACUCAAUUGGAGCUUCUUCUGUGAAUUUUAUUUUAACUCUGUCAAAACAAAUGAGCACAGUAAACAUUGUGGAAUCUCUGAGGACCUAUCCUGUAAACAGCAGUUGUGUCAUUGUGACUUGGACCCUUUCACCCGUGUCUUAUAUUAUCACAUCAUUUGUAAUUGAAUGGAUAAACCUGAAUGGGGAAGAGCAAAUAAAAUGGAUAAUGGUUCCUUCGGAUAUUAGAAGGCACCACAUUUUUGAUAAUUUCAUUCUCAUUGACAAAUACAGAUUUAGUUUGUAUCCAAUAACCUGUGAAGGAGUGAUGAAGCCCUAUGUGACAGAUGGAUUCUCCAAAGGUGAAAUGGAAAACCACAAUGAUGUGAACGUCUAUGUGAUUCUACCCUUAGUCAUUUCAUGUUCAGUUUUGCUGUUUGGAGGUUUUCUGAUCUUGCACCAAAGAAUGAAGACGUUAUUUUGGGAUGAUGUUCCAAACCCCAAGAAUUGCUCCUGGGCACAAGGAGUUAAUUUUCAAAAGCCAGAAACCUUUGAACAUCUCUUUCUCAAGCAUCCUGAAGCAUUGUCAUUUGGUCCUCUACUUCUGGAGCCAGAAAUAGUGUUGGAAGAUGUGACUAUUGAUAAAGCAAGGAAUAAUGAAGAAAAACAAGACUUACGAGCUAUUGACUCACUGUUUGCAACCAUUCAAGACCUUGAACACGAUUCAGCUUGUUCUAGUGGCCACUUCAAUAGUGCAAGUCUGUCUGAGAGUGUUUGUGAUGUGGAAACCAGUAGAGGAAUGACAGGACAGUCUAAUGUAAAAUACGCCACUAUUAUCACCAACUCUAUGUCCGGAGGGCUUUAUGAGCCACCAAAGGAUCUAAGCAGUUCUUUGGAUAGAGGCUUUAUUGGCCAUCAUUCCUUAGCUUCAGCUUCUUUCUCUAGCAGUUCUUGGGCAAUGGGAAAUCAAGGAUUUGUGAUAUUACCUGAAUGCCAUCAAACACUUCCCAGAAAAUCCCUUUCUCUUUCUGUUUCAUCUGAGGGUUUUUCAGAACUUUCAGAGCAGGAUAAAGCUUUUACUGGGGAAGACAGUUUGGAGGGAGGCAUGUUCUACUUAGGGAUGAGUCCAUUUGAAAGACAAGAAACAGAUCUUUUCUUAACAGAAAGUUCAAAUAUGGCAUGUCAGUUCCACACCAGCGCUCUUAUUGGAAGCAUCAGAUUUCCUCAGAAUAUAGCAUCUAAUCUAAACCUAAAUCCUUUUAUUAGCAGGCACGAAACCUCUGUUCAGACUUUCAUAUCAUACAUGCCGCAGUUUCAACCUCUUGCAAUUAAACUGCAUGAGAAAGCUGGUGGCAAGGCCUAAGUUACUACUUACUUACACAUGCUACCCAUAUAAUUUAAGAUGAAGUUAAAUUAUUGGGUCUAAUUAAAAAAUCGAGACUGCGGUUAUUGUGACAAGAUUGGUAAAUUGCACAGGGAAUAGGAAAACACAGUAGAGUCUUGGUGAUCCGAGAUAAUGGGGUGGGCCCAAUCUCAGAUAACCGAACUCCUCAGUUAAUAGGGAGGCCCCGGAUCUCCCAGCAAAGGCCUGGCCGAGGAAAACCCACGGCACCUCCUCAUUUCUUGGAGGGACAAGCCCUUGCUCCAGCUGGAGCAAGGGCUUGUCCCUCCGAAUACCGCAAGGCGCGCUCCAGAUCUCUCUCGGCCAGGCCCUUGCUGGAGGAAAGUUUCCUCCAGCAAGGGCCUGGCCGAGGGAGGUCCAGGGAGACGUUCCUCGGCGAGCCCUCACCCCUUGGGAAGCACCCCAUGUGGGGUGCUUCCCAAGGGGCGAGGGCUCGGCCCAGCGAAGCACACCACGAGCGCUGCUGCCUAGCCGCACUCGUGGGGGGCUUCCCAAGGGGCGAGGGCUCUGAGCCCAUUGGGAAGCACCCUGCGAUUACUACAGCAGCGAUCACAGGGUGCUUCCGGGGUGCUUCCUCCUCCCUCUCCCUCUUUUCCUCUUGAGCUCUCUUCACUUGAGAGAAAGAGAGGGAGGGGUGCCCCAAGCGGCGCCUCAGAUGAUACGGAGCCUCGGUUAACCGGGGCUCGGUUAACCGGGGCUCUAUUGUACUCCUUUUUAAAUGACAAUCCACAUAUUUUCCCUCAAGGAUGUUGUAAAGUUAAUACAUUUCUCUGAAGAAUGAUAACCAAACAAUAUUUUGUUUAUUGUUCUAUUGGUGAGGUCAGAUUCUUCCACCAAAUAGUAAUAUUGUGGAAAAUGCAAUUGAUUAAAAGUUGUGGAAUAUAUAUAUAGAGGGAGGGGGGAUAUCUGCAGUAUUAUUAAUUAAUCAAGAAAUAACUUGUCCAUCCUGUCUGAAACACACUCCUUUAAUUUCAUUUCCUUGUUGGCAGUGCUUUCUCCAUACAAUGUUUAGCAAAAGAUUGUGAGCCUUUUUGGUUCUUGUAGUGUGGAAAAGACAAGACAUACAUUAAAUUAAAUAAACAUCCUAUUUAGCCCUAUUUGGAUAAAGCAAGACAAUCCUACUCACUGUUUAAACUCACUAGAUGACCCGGUGGCACAAUGAGUUUGUGCUGGUAGGAUUGCUGACUGAAAGGUCAGCAGUUCGAAUCUGGGGAGCGGGGUGAGCUCUUGUCUGUCAGUUCCAACUUCCCAUGUGGGGACAUGAGAGAAGCCUCCUACAGGAUGGUAAAACAUCUGGGCAUCUCCCUGGGCUACGUUCUUGCAGACGGUCAAUUCUCUCACACCAGAAGCGACUUGUAGUUUCUUAAGUUGCUCCUGACACACACAUGCACACACACACACAUACACAAACUUUGGGUUAGCCACACUUUGUCAGCUUGACCUACAUCAGCUAGCUGUUGUGAUUACCAUAAUUAUGGGUUCUGUUAGUAUAGGAGUUGGAUCUGGUCUAUUGAUAUGGGUAUACUUUUUCAAUAUUUUAAAAGAUAGCUAAGGGCAAACUUGUGCAGUACAUAGGUGCACCCCCUUCAUACAUACACCGCUUGCUCUGUAUCUAUUCUGAUUCGGCUAUCUUAAUAUGAAACAACACAUUACCACUUUUAAUCAGAGAAGUGCUGUCAUGUUCAAAGAAGUACGCAAAUCAUGCUCUGGACAAAAAGAAUGCCUUAUUAAUUUGGAUAGAAACCUGCUAUAUUCAGAUAAAUCUCAGUAGGGCUUAUUAUCUACAAGUGGUUUAGGAUAAUAGCAUAAAUCUAGUAGUUUGUCUGAUACACCACUGAUGGAUUAUUAUACAGUAUAACCCUUCAGUAAAUAAUUUAACAUAAUUGACAUUUUAAAAUGCCAAAAGCAGAGUUCUAAAAUAUCAAACUAUACUGGAAUUCUUGAUUUAGAAUCCCUGAUUCAUAAACCAUGGGAACUGACUAAAAAGGGUCCUACUGUUGUUGAAAUUAUUAGAUAUGCUAUUUUGCAAUCGGGCUUAUCCAUUUAAAUUCAUAUAUUUGAAAAUAUAUUCCUAAAUAGCAAUCCCACCUGAAAAAGCAAGUAUACAAAAUAGAACUUCCAAAGAUCCAUGUGUUGUUGUUCUGCAAUAUUCCUUAGAGCUAUGAAUAUAUUAAGAAGCCAAAGCUUAUUGUAAUCUACUAUGAGUCUGUGUAAAAAGUUGUAUACACUGUGGUUUUUAUGGAUGAAGUCCAACUGCUAGUUUAUAGUUAUCAAAAAGAGUAAUCUAAUUUAGGUAAUAAGGCAGAGAUGUUGACUGAACAUUCAUUUUUAGUUGAGAUUAACAGUUGCAUUUAUCUCUUAUCAAUGCAAAAAUACUUCAAUAUUGGCUGGAAUCCUAUUGGUAACAUACAUGCACUUGUAUGUAUAUGUACAGCAUGUCCCUUUAUAUACAUAUAUACUGGAAGCCUCAGUGGUGCAGCAGGUUAAACUGCUGAGCUGAUGAACUUGCUGACCAAAAGGUUAGCGGUUCAAAUUUGGGGAGCGGGGUGACCUCCCGCUGUUAGCCUCAGCUUCUGCCAACCUAGCAGUUUGAAAACAUGUAAAUAUGAAUAGAUCAAUAGAGACCGUUCUGGUGGGAAGAUAAUGGUGCUCCAUGCAGUCAUGCCGGCCACAUGACCUUGGAGGCAUCUAAGGACAACACUGGCUCUUCGGCUUAGAAAUGGAGAUGAGCACCAACCCCCAGAGUCAGACACAACUAGACUUCAUGCCAAGGGAAAACCUUUACCUAUGUUCCUUUAUGGCCACAGAGCUCCUUGCACAAUGUCAUUCCUCUCUCUGCAAGCUUGCAGCAAAAAUCAGGUAUGAGCUUUACAUAUCAUUUGAUAGACAAGGUGGGAAAUGGCCCUUAAUGGCCAGUGGAGGAAGAAUAGCUUCUAGGAAAUAUCUAACCAGAACAAGUAGAACAUUAGCAAGUUUUUCUUGCCAUUUCCUAAAAAUCUAAUGACUCACGUAAUGAGAAAAUUAAUGUGUCUAACCAAUGGCAGGUUUGAUCCAGUGUUUACAGGCAACCAGGUAUGGCACUGUGGACACAACAAACCUCUUAACUCUAGAAUAUAGACCAUUAAAGUUCAGUAGUAGAAGACAACAUAGGGAGGAUUUAGGUAGAUACAACAAAGCUUCUGUUUCACAUGCCUCUUCCCCUUAACUUGCGGUAUUACAAGCCACUAUUGAAAGUCACCUUUGGACGUGAUCUUCAAUACAAUGUAAAGAGGUGUGGCAUAAAGAUGAAAGCCAAUGAUACAUUAAACAAGGUAUGAAUGAUGAUACACAUAAAGUCUCAAGUCAAAGCACUUUGGACUGUCUCCCUUAAUAAUUAAUUUGAUAUCUCUACAUUCUUACAAGACGCAUGGUGAGCUGUGGGAUUUCCAUCCAACUAAUUAUUCUUAUGAAUCUGUAAUAAACCCUUAGGUCUAUUCAACAAUGAGCAGAGCAAUGGUAAAUAGCCAUGUCUCAUUCAAAUCCAGGCAAUUGCUACAUGGCAAGAUAAAGGAAAGUACUCUCCUUCAGUACCUUUUGUGGGUUUUCAAAGUUUUGUGAGUUUUCACGCUUUGAAAGCGCCUAUUUAAAAAUUAAGCCUGAGCUUCUACCUCACAGUCUAUAUUUUUGUAACUAUACAAAUCAGUAGCUACAUUAGAGAAAUGCAAAUAAAUGCUCUUAGGACUUCAUGCCAUGAAGGGGGAGAAAGCGAAGGGAACUGUCUUACCUCAUUCCCUGUCAUGUUUCCCUUUCUUCUGCAAUGGCCAGUCAUCCCACGACCUUGCUGCAUUGUGUGUCUUUCUCCGCUUUCUCCUGCUUUUCUCUCUUUGGAGUCGGGUGUUAACCAACUCCUGAAGAUGGGGUUGGGGCUCUGUUUCCAUGCGCUGUGGAAACGGAGUCCCACCGGAGGUGUCAUUAUGUCAUGUGAUGGCCUCCGUGGGACUCUGAUUUUAAAGUGUGUAGAACGGGGAAAAUUCUACAUAUAAUGAGGGUCCUUAGUGAACUGCAAAAAUGUACACUGUUAAGCACUUCUGAUGUGUAUUGUUGUGUUCCAAGACUUCCCAGCCAGUGUCCUGAUGCACAUCAGGAAGUUCCCCAGUGGGCAUCACUGCAAAUUGCACAUUGAGCUGUAGUGUGUCAGUCACUUCUCUGGCUACCAUUGUGCAAUUGACACCCAUACAUUCUAAUGUCACAGCAUUACCUCUAUAGAUAUUACAAAACAUUUCAAUUCAGUUUUGUGUACUUGAAAAGUCUUUUAUAGAGAUCCCAUAACUGGGAAUUAAGAAUGUACCCACUUUUAAAAAAAAUAGCUGAAAAGCUCUAUAUGAGAGGUUUAGUAAUAGAUAAUUUAAAUAAAUGUAGCAAUUAUUGUGACACUCAGUCAUAAUUGGUUUGCUAUUUAUUUCUAUUUCUUGUCAGUCUUUUCCGUUAAAAGAUUCUUGUCACUGACUAUACACAUUUAGAGAAAGAGAGGGAGGGAGGCUGGGAUAAAACUAAAAUCUGAAUGAGAAAAACCCACUAAAAUUAAUGACGCUUGUCAUUUCAACAGAUCUGCUCUAAGUAGGACUAACCUUACACUUAUUCAAUUGUAAAUAUUUUGUUUCUGUUUAACUUUAGCUGUCAAAAGUCAGUGCAGACAAAAAGGUUUUAUAGUUUUAGAAGUUGAAUACAGAUUGCUGUUUAUAAUGAAUUCAUGUGGGACAAAAUUCAUCCUGCGUGCAUUGUGUGUUAGAUUUAUCAAUGAACAGUUUCACGGAUUUGUGAGUAUGUUAACACCCUAAUGUUUUACAAGCAGGUGAAGCGCUAUCUUUUCUUUAUGAAAAAACAUGGCAAAUGAUCAUGAAACGACUAUUUCGAAUUCUAGCUUUUUAAUUCAGAAAACACUACUCUUUACUAGCACUUUAUUUUUUAUUGUUGUGCCUCUGAAUUCUGAACACUGUGCCUUACAAUUAUUUUUACGAUGCUUUGCUAACUGCGGUAUCUUCAAAUUUUUGUUAAGAAAAUACAGGGUCCCCUUCAGAAAUGUACAGACAUCUCUGGGCAAAAUCAAGUGUAGGUGUUGAUAUUUUAGGACCAAAUUUGUGGCUCUGAGUUGGAUCUAGACUAGUCAUAUUGAGAAUAGAUUAAGGGUAGUCUCGAUGUCAGUGUGUCACCUGCAACUAUAGUCAAGUCUGGAUCCAGCCUGAUGGUUUCAAUUAUAAUCAAAAGACGAGAAUUUUUCCCCAUUCUCAGUAGCUUGAUUAUUUUCCUUCAUAAAACCGCAACAUAAACAGGCAGAAGUGAUAUAUGUCAUACUGUCUAGAAUAGCUACUGAAUCUCAAAAGUGACACUGAAUCUUGCACAUCAUCCCCCUGCCCAGACCUGAUGAAAUUUACAACACCUAUAUCCCAAAACUGCCAUCUUUCACAUCCUAUCUAUGUUCCAAGCUAAUAUUGUACAAUCGUUGAAGAUAAAGGGACUAACUGAUAAAAAGUCUCCAGCAGUGAAAAUUAGAAAUAUAGCUUCUGGUUAUGCUUGGUUUACUCACCUUUAAAAUAAAACUACACCUGAGACCUACCUUAUUUCAGAGCAUUGUGAUAAGACUUGUAAAAUCCCAGAGUUCAGAUUACCUGGAAAGAUGUGGAGGUGAAUAACAAAAUAUAGUUACAGAUUCACUUUUCUGAAUUGUCCAGGGACAUUCAAGGAAAUCGGGUAAUAAACCCUUCAGAUGAAUUCAAAUACUUUGUACAUUCUAAAGGAAGUAUGGAAAUCCAGUUAAUUUGGGACUUUGGGUCGUGAAAGAUUUUAUCCUCAUCUCAGUCCCCUUACUGUUCAAUUUCUUGAAAUCUGCAUUAAACAUUAGAAUUUGUGUGGGUGACUGGGUCACGAGGAAGUAACAUUACGCAUAGCCAAAUGUACACUGAAUUGUGAUGUGCAGAUUUUUAGGCCCAUGGCAGAUCUGAUCUAUGCCUUUUAAAGUGCAUAGCCAAUUCAUGGUCUGUUAUAAAAGAAUGUUAAAUGGUGUGUGAAUAGGUUCUUUUGUAAGCAGGUUCUCUUGUACCUCUCAAUUAUUUGUAAGCAUUUAUUUAGAAAGUAGUUUUUUAGGGAGUGAUGGGGUUGUUAGAAAAAUGCAAUAUGUUAGGAUGCACAGUCACAGGUGGAAGAAUGCCAAAGUCCUAUACUAAUUGGGCCAGUUAGCAUCACACAUAGGAUUUAUUUAUAUAGAGAAAUGAGUGGGCAGGAAUUUUAAGACAUUAUCUCAUGCUCCACUGUCACAUAAUUUGCUUUGCACACCAUCCAAGUUGCCCUCUGAACAUGGAAGCUAAGCAGAGUAGUCUUGCUGUCUCAUCACACCGGAGCAUGGAUCCACUUUAAAUCUGGGUUCUUCCUCCUGCAGAAUUCUGGAGUUUGUAGUUUGGUGAGUCCCAGAUCCUCUCUGGCUGAGCUAUUUAAAGCCCCCUCCCUAAAGUGGAUUUAAAGUGGAUCCAAGCUCUAGUGUGAUGAGGGACUUGGUUAGUGCUUGGAUGGAAGACUGCCAUUGAAUGUUGCUGGCUAUUACAGAAGAAGGAACCAACAAAACCACUUUGGAGGCUGGAUCUACACUGCCAUAUAACCCAGAUUAUCAAAGCAGGUAAUCCAUAUCAGUUUUGUACUAUUAUAUGAGUCUACACUGGCAUAUGAUCCGGUUCAUAGCAGAUAAUCUGAAUUUUAUAUUGCCGUGUAAAUGUGGUUUCAGAGUUCCUUGCCUAAGAAAACCCUAUGAAAUUCAUGGGAGUCACCAUAAGACAACAGGUGAUUUGAAGGCACAUGCUUUCAAACAUAUAUACAUAAUGACAACCUCACUGAUACUCCACCCCUCUCUCUAUCACCUUGUCAUUCCUCAAUUUUAAAAUCUAGGAUUCCAAAGUUUGGAUGACUCUAUGAUGGGUUACAAAUCCUCUAAUCUCUGUGACUAUACUAGCUAGGCAGUGGUUCUCAACUUGUGGGUACCCAGAUGUUUUGGCCUUCAACUCCCAUCAAUCUUAACAGCUGGUAAACUCACUGAGAUUUCUAAGAGUGGUACGCCAAAACACCUAGGGACUCACAGGUUGAGAACCACUGAGCUAGGGUCUCUGGGACUGAAAAGACAGAGAAUAUCCUUGCCCAAAGAAAGUUGUACGCCCUGCCUAUGUAUUUAUGUAUUUAUUUCAUGAAGUUACAACUACACUUAUCUCUGGCAGUAUUCAGAUUUUAUAAUGUCUUUUUUAAAGAUUCAAGAAAGCCAAUACAAAUAUGACCCCCAAUACAAAUAUGGUUCAUUAAGUAGCAAUGGCCUUAGAGUGUUUCUACAUGCCUUAGUUCUUGAAGGGUUACAUGCACACAUUCCCCAAAGUGUGGAUAAUUACAGUAUUUUUGGGGAAGGGAAUUUUUUAGCCAGGAUACAAUGGCAGUGAUCCCUAUGAAGGAGUGCCUUCACCCAUAGCAACUGCUUAGCUGGCUUGCUGGAGAUCUACUUGCUUCUUAAGCACUUUUGCAGUACUUAGCCUCUUUACUUUGCCACACGCUGUAUGGAUUCAUGUGGUGACUGACCUACUAUGAAUAUGUUUUUGUUUUUCUUAAAACGUUUUUGGUAUAAAUCAGGUGAUGUCAAAAUGGUGCCUUAUGCCUCUGCUUCUGUAAUUUUCUAAAUGCCUUAUUCAGUACAUGUGGCACAUCAGAUAUUUUGUUGUUUUAAAAUUGUGCAAUUUAGAAAUUAUGAUUAUCUUUACUAUCUCUACUUGUUUAAAUGUCUGCAACAACACAUGUUUAAAAAGAUAUCAGAAUAGCUUUCUAGUUUUUUCAGGACAUCUCCUACAGCUGUAUGAUCCAUACUAUCAAAUCUGAACCAUAGUGUCAGAUAUAUAUUGCAGAAGAGAAGUAAUUUAACCAUAUGUCCAGUUGUACAUGCAUUGUGGGUUUGUUACACUGAAUCUGAUAGGUGUCCACUACAAAGUUAUUUGUCUUGUUGCAUGAUAAUUCACUAAUUUUGGCUGAUAUAACUUUUAAAACAUGAAAUGGAGGAAAUGUUGACUAUCACAUUGUGGGGCAGGGCAACAUGUGGAACAGGAAUGUGAGAAGCAACACAUAUGGACUACAUUAUACAAAGAGAAUCCCAUUUAGGUGAUGGCUUAUGUUCAUACAGUCUUGGCAAAUAAGAAACAACACUGAGUCCAAUUGCAUGUAAAUCUGAGUCUACGGUUUUGCUCAGGAAAUAUUCAAGAUAGAUGCUGACUUGCCGUUCUGAGCCCACUCCUCUGUACCAAUAUACCUCAGCCACUGCUAAAUGCAAACCAGGGUUCAUUCUUUCCAUGUUGGCACUAUGUUUGUAAGUUUUGUGGACUGCUACAUAAUUUAUCCAGGUCACACGUGAAUAUGCAUCCAGAUGGAACAUGCAUCUGUGAGUCAUUUCCACUAACCUCCUAGAAUUUAAAUCAGUUAAACUGAAUUCAUACAUGCUAUUUAUUAUCAUGGGUCAUUUGCAGCUUAAUGCUAUAGAUUAAUUUAGUACUCUCUAUUUUUCAAACUGUGAGUGACCCACAUCACAAGUACUAUACGGCUUUUUAUAUGCGCUGUGUGUGUCUAUGGAAUUGUACUCUGUUAAUCUUUCACACUAGUCUGUGAAUAGGGAUGUUUUGCAAUGUCAUUUUUUGUCAAAACUGUGACUCAGGCUUUGAAUUAUACUCUUAGUUGCUGGAGGUAUACGUUUGGUUCAUACUUUCAAAUACUUGACAGAGUACUUUUGUAUUUUAUUUUUGUGAAUAAAAUGUCUACUGUUGAGAUUGUA